AUGGGAUCCAACAAGGAGGAAAUCAACGUCGACGUGCUCGUUAUCGGUGCUGGUCCUACCGGUCUGGGAGCAGCAAAGCGUCUUCACCAGAUUGACGGCCCCUCAUGGCUGAUUGUCGACUCGAACGAGACUCCCGGUGGUCUGGCCUCUACUGACACCACACCUGAGGGCUUCCUCUACGAUGUCGGUGGCCAUGUUAUCUUCUCCCACUACAAGUACUUCGACGACGUUAUCGACGAGGCGCUCCCCAAGGAGGACGACUGGUUUACACACCAGCGUAUCUCUUACGUCCGCUGCAAGGAGCAAUGGGUCCCCUACCCCUUCCAGAACAACUUGUCCAUGUUGAACAAGGACGACCAGGCGAAGUGCGUUGACGGACUGAUCGACGCUGCCCUCGAGGCCCGCGUGGCCAAUACAAAGCCCAAGGACUUCGACGAGUGGAUUCUACGACAGAUGGGUGUCGGUAUCGCCGACCUCUUCAUGAGGCCCUACAACUACAAGGUCUGGGCUGUGCCCACCACCAAGAUGCAGUGCGCAUGGCUCGGUGAGCGUGUCGCGGCUCCCAAUGUCAAGGGUGUCAUCAACAACAUCAUCCACAACAAGACUGCAGGAAACUGGGGCCCCAACGCCACCUUCAAGUUCCCCGCCAAGGAUGGAACCGGUGGUAUCUGGAUCGCUGUCGCAAACACACUCCCCAAGGAGAAGACCAGCUAUGGCGAUAACAGCACAGUCACAAAGGUCGAUGCCGAUGGCAAGAAGGUUACACUGAAGGAUGGUCGUACUGUUAAGUACCAGAAGCUCAUUAACACCAUGGCUGUCGACCAGCUCGUUGACACAAUGGGCGACAAGGAGCUUCAGGCUCUCAGCAAGGAUCUCUUUUACUCCAGCACCCACGUUAUUGGUGUCGGUCUCCGUGGCGAGCGCCCAGAGCGCAUCGGCGACAAGUGCUGGUUGUACUUCCCCGAGGAUGAUUGCCCCUUCUACCGUGCGACCAUCUUCUCCAACUACUCGCCCUACAACCAGCCUCAGAAGGACGUCAAGUUGGCCACCCAGCAGCUUGCCAACGGCUCCAAGCCCAAGUCCACUGAGCCUCAGGAGGGACCUUACUGGUCGAUCAUGUUGGAGGUUUCCGAAUCCAGCAUGAAGCCAGUUGACCAGGAGAAUAUGCUUAAGGACUGCAUCCAGGGUCUCAUCAACACCGAGAUGAUCAAGCCCGAGGACGAGAUUGUCUCCACCUACCACCGCCGCUUCGACCACGGUUACCCCACACCUUCGCUCGAGCGUGAGGGCGUUCUCACGAAGCUGCUCCCUGCUCUCCAGGACAAGGGCAUUUACUCGCGCGGUCGCUUCGGAUCGUGGCGUUACGAGGUUGGUAACCAGGACCACUCGUUCAUGUUGGGUGUGGAGGCUGUCGACGCCAUUGUCAACGGUGCUGUUGAGCUUACCCUUAACUACCCCGACUUCGUCAACGGCCGCAAGAACGAGGAGCGCCGCCUCCAGGACGGUGCUCAAAUCUACAGGAAGGUCGGCCAGAACAACUUGAACAAGCAGGAGUAG